GCUAAUUAUAUAAUCCAUUUCAACAUAUAAGUGCUUUAUGGCGAAUCGAACUCACCUGAUAAUUAUAAACUUCAGGAUCAAAAUUUAACUUGAUACAGUUGAAUAAAUUGAGCAUGGAUUAUAAAUGAAAUAUAUUGGUAAAAUCCCAAUGAAGUGGGAAAAUACAUUUCUAACGUCUCGCAACUUCGUGGAAAUCGUGUCUUCAGAGAAUAAAACCAGUAAUAUAAUAGUAAAUGGUGACGAAUCAGAUCACGUUGUCUUUAUUUUCCAUUAUUCGUCUUGAGUUCAAGGUGAUGUGAAUAAUGUGCACUUGUAAAUGGGUGUGAAAGUGUGAAAAAAAUAGUAUGGAUGACAAACCUUGGUUGUGUGUAGAUACUUUUGUUCUGGUCAUUGUAUGUGAUGUGCUGUCAUUGGAAAUACUCUCCAGAUUGACUGGAUAGUUAGGCCUUUCCUACUGUUGAGUGCAUUAGGAUUCAACAUGAUGUGAAAUGCAUCAGCUAUUCCUCUUUCUUUGUAGUUUGAAAAUCCUUAUUGAAUAAUUUUAAUAUUUUUAUUAUUGAUUUUGUGACUGUGAUAGAUGGCAAGAACCGCCAUUGCCUACUUCAUUUGUAAAUUCUCCAGUUCUACAAGAUUAUUUAGCUAUCGUUUUGUGUAACUUGCAUGUUUUUUAGCCCUAAUGAGGAUCUCAUGUGAUGAUUCCUCAAUAUAAUAGGCAUCACAAUCCAGACAGCUUAAUUUGUAAAUACAGUUUUAUGUGCAGACAAAAGGAAUUUUAGAGCAUUUGUGAGAGUGUUGGUUGUCUUGUGAAAGGCUCUAAUUCGAUACUUUCUUAAGAUUCUUUGAAGCACUUCAGUUAUGCCUUGGUGGGAUGGUAGAACUACUGUGCUAAUCAAAGAGUAAUAAUUUGAAUUUUCUCUUCUAUCCCUCUGCUCAUGCUUCUCAAUCUUUUGAAUGACAUUCCUAGGGUAUCAUGUAUAGACAAUGUGAUCUAAUUCGUCACCGUUUACCAUUUGAACAAUCGAUAACUUUUACCGGCUUUAUUAACUGAAGACACGGUUUCCACGAAUUCAUGAAACGUCAGAAGUUUAUUUUCCCACAUCACUGGGAUUUUACAAACAUAUUUCAUUUAUACUCACUUGGCAAUGUUAUCGGUUAGAAGAAUUUCCUUUGUAUCAGCUACCAACCAAGGGUAAACCUUAAAAUUUUCUAACAUAAUAUUGACUUCUGCUUGUCUUCAGGAUACCCUUGUUGGUUACAGUAAUAACUGUCUGCAACAUCUUGGGAAAAUUGAAUCUCUUAUCUCGAAAUAUUGUCUCAUGAUCAUUAGGGGAUUUUUAAAAUGUAACCAAAUUGAUGAGAGCUUGUCUGCUGCAGUGAACGUGAAAACCUGCUUCAUGUUGGAAGGCAUCACGACAAAAUCGUUUUAAGACAGCAACUGAUGUACGCAACACACUGGGUUAUCCUCCUAUUCAGACCUCUAAAUAUCACAAUCUCCCCUCAGUCUCAUAUGAUAACAUGGAUAUUCUACUUCCUGAUUACUUUGAUUCACGUGAGCACUGGGAUAAUUGUUCAAGUAUAAAAACUAUCCAUGACCAAUCUCGAUGCGUUUCAGGUUGGGCUGUAGCCUCGGCUUCUGCAAUCAGUGAUCGUAUAUGCAUUCAAACGAAUGGAAAGAGUAAACCAGAACUGAGUGCUCUUGACCUGAUUUCCUGCUGCACCAGAUGUAGAGUUGGGUGUCAGUUUGGGUAUCCUAAAUUCGCUUGGGAUUACUGGGUGAGAAGUGGCAUAGUUACAGGCGAUUCGAAAGGAGCCUUCUCCGGUUGCUUACCUUAUCCUUUUCCGAAAUGCGAUCAUGGUCCAACCACUCUCAUCCACUGUGUGGUAACAUUACCUACGAACCACCUACGUGUAAUAAUACCUGUUCUCCUGGUUAUCCCGUUUCAUAUGCAGCUGACAAACAUUUUGGAAAGUUCAUCUACACUGUCAGAAAAAAUGAAAGUGAUAUCAGGAAAGAGAUUAUGCUCAAUGGACCGGUUCAAGCGAGUUUUUACGUUUAUACAGAUUUCCUCAAUUACAAAUCUGGCGUCUAUAAACAUUUGACCGGAGAUAUGAUCAACAUUCAUUCAGUACGCAUAAUUGGAUGGGGCACCGAAGAUGGUUUACCUUACUGGUUAUGUGCCAAUUCGUGGAAUGAAGACUGGGGUGUGAAUGGAUUAUUCAAGAUUUUGCGCGGUUCCAACGAAUGCAACAUUGAAAUGUACAUCAAUGCUGGUACAGUGAGAAAUUAGACGCUCGCUUACAUCUGAUAAUGCUACAUUUCUUCAAGAUAUAUUUAGUGGUUUUUCAUCAGGUGUGGAAUCGGAAUUUAAAUGGACCUGAAACUGUUUCAAUAAAAUAAUGCUAUGAGUUUUAGGU